UGUUGACAGUUCGUCAAUUUUCUCAAACAAUAAGCGUACAUCGUAGAAGCAAAAAACUAUGGCUUUAAGUUAUUUCACAGAAAGUGAAGCCCCAAGAGACUUUCGAAUAUCGUCCACGGAGAGUGAAGGACAUUACACAAAGUGCCUACUAUGUUAUACGGUGAAGAAAAACUUCUUCUGCCCGGAUUGCAUUCGGGCGGGCAACUUCGUACAUUCAUCGAUGCCUUAUGCAGACAGAUUCUCAGAGAAACAAGGCAAGUUGUUACGUCUGAAAGCCAACAGGAAGCACAUCCUCGACCGCUGCGAGAAGCUGAUGGCGGGCAAGUUGAAGAAGGACAGCCUAAUAACGGAGGCCAAGCAGUCACGAGACAAGCUGGAUCUGCUGCGGCUCGCCAUCGAGCAGCGGAGGAACGGGCUGGACGAGAAGAGGAAACAGCUGACGGAGCUCACACAACUUAACAAUGAGUUAAGGUUAAAGCUCCCCCGCUACCAGAAGCGCGUGUCGCACCUGGCGGCGCACGCGGCGGCGCAGAGGCUGGAGCUCCACACGAGGCACGGCGCGUGCGCAGACAACACCGCAGCCCUGGCGGCGCUGCGGAGGGAAAGGGUGCGCCAGCUUCACAAAUAUAUAUUCCCCGUCUACAUCAGUUUGGACACCAGUGACAGUAUAGAAGACAUGGAGUUCUUGGGCGGAGAGCCGGAAGAAGAGCCUCCGACGCGCACACAAUUACACAUCGUGUCGCCCUGGCUGUGCGCGGACGGCGACCACUCGCAUGUGAUCACCUGGGCGAAACAGAACAAAGAAGCGUCAUUGACGGCGGAGCCGGCGGACAACCCUCUACAUCGCACGGUGGCAGCGCUAGGUCUGGCGGCGCAGCUCGUGGCGUUGUCGGCGUGGACCCUGGACGCGCGGCUGCCGCACUCGCUCACGCUCAGCGAGUAUUCCAACUGGCGCGUGACCUCGGCCGGCCUGCAGGCGCGCAUAUUCCGGCUAUGUGCAUGCGCGGCGGCGCUGUGCGUGCGCGCCGGCGUGGCGCCGCCGCCGCCGCCGCAGCUGUCGGCGCUGCACGCGCUCGCCGCCGCCGCCGCCGCCGACGACCCCGGCCUAGGCCGAGUGGAAGCGUGGACGAGUGAGCACUUAGUAAUAGAUAGCGCGGCGUGGGAGGCGCUCGAGCUGCCCGACGAGCCCGACCCGCCCGAGCACCUGCACUGGCCCGACCAAGAGGAGCCGGAGGUGUGCGGGCGCUCUCCCCCCGCGCCGCCCGCCGCGUCACUGGUGACGUCGGCCGCCGCCUCGCUCGCCUCCGUGUGGCGCGGCUGGACCAACUAUUAUGUAGUUAUUAAACUUGUAUCACCGUCGAUGCCUGCGCCAGCGCCGCUGCCCGUCGAGCAGCGCGGAGUGCAAGUGCUCCACGCGCUCCAGCACCUCGUCCGUGGUGACCGCCGUCCCCGGCCGCGGCCGACCGUACUCCGCGCGGCCGGCCGCCACCUGCCGCGGCGGCCGACCGUACACGCGGGUCCAUCGGACGUCCGGGUGGCUGGCGGGCUGGAAGCGGUCGCGUGA